UGGAAAUAUAACUCUAUCUAUAUUGUCACCUCUGCCGCCAAAGUAGUAGCACCAAAGUACGUGUCCUCUACAGCAAACGAUAGCUUCAGAUAACCGUUCCGGGGGAAAGAAGCGGAUCCGAAGAGUAGGUAAUAACAGGGGCACAUCCUACCUCACAAUGAUUCAACCAAUCAUGAAAACUAGAUUAAUACCCCCCAUGUUUCUUCGCUUAAUGAGAAAGAUCGUCGUGACUUUGACAUCAGUUCAGAAGUUGUCUCGUCAGCUCAUCACGAUGGGAUAUACAACCUGGGAGAAGUAGCAAUAUGGAACCGGGAAAACAUGGUGAUUCCUUUGAAAAAGAAGAACUGACAAUGCGUGAUUCUUUACUCGGCGAUGAAAAUGAAGACCCAUGUCAACUAGAAUCUCAACAAGAUGAGAAGCCACGGAUAACACGGUCCGGACACGGCUUGCGAAACAAAUGGAUAGAUAGGCUAAUACUUGGCUUAUUGGUAUUCUGGGUUUAUAUGUUCUUACCAUAUGGUAAAGAAGUAUCCGAUGAAGAUACUGUACUUCGUGAGGACGAUUGGUCUUGGGAAUCGAUCAAGCCAAAUUCUGAAUUAGUUUGGCAUCCAUGCUUCGAUGAAUUUGACUGUGCAAGAUUAGAGGUACCACUAGAUUGGCUAGAGCCUACCAAUUCAUCAAAAGUUGUUUUGGCUGUCUUGAGGAAAAAUGCAACAUCAAAGGUGGAUUAUAAGGGUCCGCUGUUCGUGAAUCCAGGAGGACCUGGAGGAUCCGGUGUUGGCACCGUGAAAGACUUUUGGAAGGCUGUUCAUGUUACUGUUGGAGCUAACCACGAUAUUAUUGGAUUUGACCCUCGUGGAAUUGGCGCCACUACCCCUUCCGCUCAUUGUUGGAAUGGACCACGAGAGGAAAGAAUUUGGGGCAUUCAAAAACUCGGACUUGUCGACUCACACCCAGGAAUGAUUUAUGAUCUUUAUGCACAUCAAAGUGUCAAGUCUAGGAAUUGUGAAGCCAAUCUUGGUGAUCUAUCACGAUUUCUGGGAACAGCUUCUGUAGCAAGAGAUAUGCUAGAGAUACUCAACAAGCUCGGGUAUGAAAAAUUGAGAUAUUGGGGUCUAAGUUAUGGUACAGUAAUUGGAGGCACCUUCGCAGCCAUGUACCCUGAUAAGGUUGAGCGUCUCGUUAGUGAUGGAAACGUCAAUUACUCAGAAUGGUACAAUGGAACCGGAAUCCAUUAUAUUGAGGACACGGACAAGGUAAUGCUAGCUUUCUUUGACUUAUGUCACAAGGCGGGCCCUCAAAAGUGUGCGCUCUAUGCCUCAACGCCUACAGCGAUCCAAGAACGACUCGAAGGUAUCUAUACCAAGCUUCAAAAAUACCCAUUGCAAGUCUUCCCUACCACGAACACCACCAUGGAGUUGCAGUCCUUAGGAAUCACUCGACCAAAAGUCCUCACUUAUUCGGAUGUAAAGAAUGCAGUCAUCUACUCACUCUACCAACCUUUAGCAUUAUUUCAUCACUUGGCCAAAGCUUUAGCUGCACUAGAAGCUGAUGAUGGUAUACCUUUCUUGAAAUUGGCUAUAGCUCAAGGACACAUUCAACCAAGUUUCACAUGUAGUUGCGAUUCCCCUGACUGCGAAGAGGAAUCCGGAUGGCCUCUAAAAGCAAUUGGAAAUGGCGACGCAGCAACAUAUGUGAAAUGCGGAGAAGGUGACGCCAAUGCGGAUAAAGAUAGCUUGGAAGUUAUGAUAAAAUACGAAGAAGAGUUACGAAGAAAAAGCCCCUUAUCCGCAUCGGUCAUGUUCAAUAUUCGCCUAUCGUGCGCAGGCUGGAAGUCAAGAACAAAAUGGAAUUUCGUAGGUCCAUUUGAGCAAAACACCAGUCAUCCCAUCCUCUUCAUUGGCAAUUCAGCAGACAACAUCACACCACUGGGAAGUGCAAUCUACAACUCACACUUCUUCCCCGGUUCUUCCGUACUGGUACAGAACUCCUAUGGUCAUACAUCGGCAUCCUGUCCUUCAAAAUGUACAGCCAAACAUCGCCUUGCGUAUUUUCAAACCGGUAUUCUCCCGUCAAAUGGUACAUUGUGUGAGCCUGAUUUUAUACCAUUUGGAAUUGACACUGAAGGUAUGGAUUCGCAAAGCGACGGAGAUGAGGAGUUGGAGUGGGCGUUGAGAGAAUUGAUGAAGUUGUUGUAGAUAUCGUGUGCUUUGUUUAGUUCUUUUUCCCUUUGGGCUCUAUGUGUAAGAGAGGAAAAUUAUGAUUGUUGGAUGGGAGGGUCUGCAGGAAGAUCAAAAAAGGGAUUGGAGAAAUAAGGCCACUAAAAUCAUGACUUGAAGUGUCUUGAGACCAUUCCUGCUCAUUAAUACUCAUAAAUUCCGUGC